ACGCAGACUGUACAGCUGAGCAAAGAAAUGACGCUCGCCAGCAACCGGAGCCUGGCGGAGGGGAACCUCCUCUUUCAGCCGCAGCUGGACACCCGGAAGGCGCGCUUGACCCAGAAGUACCAGGAGCUGCAGGGCCUCUUCGAGGCCUACCAGAUAAAGAAGACCAAGCUAGAUAAGCAGUCCAACAGUGCUUCCUUGGAGACACUCCUGGCGCUUCUUCAAGCAGAAGGGGCCAAGAUUGAGGAGGACACUGAGAACAUGGCCGAGAAGUUCCUGGACGGCGAGCUCCCGCUGGACACCUUCAUCGAUGUCUACCAGAGCAAGAGGAAGCUGGCCCACACGCGGCGCGUGAAGGUGGAGAAGCUCCAGGAGAUGGUGCUCAAGGGGCAGAGACUCCCGCAGGCCCCGGCACCGCUGCCGCCCAGGGCGCCCGAGUCCGUGCCCGCCGCCCCGGCACCCUACCCGGCCCCGGAAGCCCCGCGGGGCGCCUGGCCACCCCUUUCACGGCCGCCAUGGGCUCCGGACAGGCCCUUCCGUACUGCGCGGUGCCGUGCCCGCCCCUGCCGCCCCGGGUGGGCCUGCCCCCCCCGCAGGGAUUCUCUGCGCAGUUGGUGUCACCGUACCCGCCGGCUCUGCCCCAGAGACCCGCGCCGCGACUGCCUCCGCACCAGCCAGGCUUCAUCCUGCAGUGAGCGCGGCUCCCGCCCGCCCUCGGACGCCCUCUGCCCGCCACACCAGCUUCUGCAGCAAGGCUGCCGGCGCCGGCUGCCGGGCAGGGCUGGGCUGCCCAGCAGGGUCCACCUGACUCUAGAACCGUAGGUCCGCGCUAGUAGAAGUAGAGACCCAGGUCGUCCCUGCGAGGCCCUGUGCGUGCCGGGCUGCGGCCCGUGCCUUGCGUCGGUUUGCGUGCUGCGUGUGAGUCUGAGUGUCAUAGUGCUGACAAACUCAUGCGUCUGGGGAGAGAAAAACAUGGCUGCCACUCCGGGUUAGAGUCCUGGUCCUCCUGUUGUGGCUUUAUUUCAUAAGCAUGACUAAGUGUAUCUGUCUUGGUAUUUUCAAGACAGUGCUGUGUGUCUCGCCCACGGCUGGUGCCCUGCAGGUGUGGCAGGAGUCGGCCAGCCAGGGGAGGGUGUGGCCGGCGGGGCCGCCGCACCAGGUGCUGGGCUCACGGUGCAUCGGGGGCAGGUCACCAUCGGUCACCCGCCCCCCCCUGCUCCUCAGGCCUCCACGCCACGAGCGCCACCCACAUGGGGGCCAAGCUUCCCCAGCCUCCCCAGCCUGGGUCCCCGCUCGUCCUCAGGCGAGCCGGCCCAGGCUCCGGUGAGAAAAUACUCCCCCACGUUUUUAUUACAUGUGUGACUUUCCUUUUUAUAUUGGGAAAGAAAACUUUUGACACAAGACCAUUCAGGGAAAUUUUUUAAAAUGCAAAUACUGAUUAGCGCAGGUUGAGAUGCGGACAAGGCGAGUGCAGUCUCCUUUCAUACGAGCAGCGCGUGGCCGCACGUGCCGGUGCCCGUGCUGUGCCUUACCUUCGCUGGUGCCCGCCCUGGUGCCCUGGCCUGCAGGCGGGGCCGGGCCCGCAGCUCGGUGAUCCUGGAGGCCUCGCCGCGUGCACUGUUCUGUACCAGUGGGGAGGAGCCACCCUCAGCGGGGCCUCUGCCUCUGGCCGGCUGGCACCGUACCCCAGAGCGGUGGGGCGAGGGGCAGGGAGGGCUGGGGGGCCGCCCCGCCCACACACCUGCCAGUGUGGGUGCCAGGGUGUGGGCAGGCUGUACCUCAGCCGCUCCGGAACGACCCGUGCGCCAUUGGCGGAACUCUGCGCAGCGCUCACCCUGUCACCUGUCAGGCAGCCUGACCUGUGACCUGCUGCCAGCUGCUCCCCCUUGCAUGACAGGGCAGGGCUGAAACGGGGCCUGCCCCAGUGGGCCGCAGGCGGGGCCGCCAGCCUUUGUCCUCACUUCCUGUGCACUCCUGUUCCUGGACUCGAACUCUACUAUACUGUAACGUUUUGUAACAAGACAGAGCUGCAGGACGAGUGGCCGCCAUGCCAGUCAGGCUGGCUCACCGUGUUCUGUGGCUCUCAAGUAAGCGGUGCCACCCUGCGGAUACCUCUGCUGCCUGCCGGUGGUGUUGGCCACGCCCAGCCCACGCUGCCACUGCCAACCACGAGCUCGGUGUGACGUUGUGAAGGACUCGCCAGGCCAACCACACUUGCCAUCCAUGGCCAUGCCGGGUGCCGUGGCUGUGAGCUGCAGGACCGUUUUUAAUAAAUCCGAAACUUGUUAAUAACA